AUGGGGGCAGCACCCCGGCAGUGGCCCUGGCAGGUCAGCCUCCGAGACCAGGGGCAGCACAUCUGUGCAGGCAGUCUCAUCAGCCACCGGUGGGUGCUGACCGCCGCCCACUGCGUCUCCAGCUUCACGAAUCUGCAGGAUCUGAGCAUCCAGCUGGGAGGAGCUGUGCUGUAUCCCAGGCCCCGGGACUCCGUCUCUGUGGCUGCCGUCCGCGUCAUCCAGCACCCCUCCAACGGGGACGCCCUCCAGGGUGGCGAUGUGGCUCUGCUGAAGCUGGCCUGCCCUGUGCCCUUCUCCAGCGCCAUCAGACCCAUCCCUCUGGCUCCACCGGGCUCCGACUUUCCCACAGGCACCCUCUGCUGGGUGACCGGCUGGGGGGACAUCUGGUAG